AUGGAUCAACAGGCGAUGUGGAAGAACGAUGAGAAGAACACAUUCUGGAUCUGGGGCGGGCAUAGCCCAUUUGGAGCUCCGUUAGACGAGCCCACGUCCUGGAAGUUUGAAGCAGACGGCAAAGGAGGCGGGACAUGGUCAAAAGAGACGCCCGCGAACCCAACACUUUUCCAGGAAUUGCGUCGAAAUGAGGGAGGCGCAUUCGCUAGUACGCCCGACGCUGGGUUCUGGUUUGGGGGACAAUCGUCAGGCUGGACGACAUCCAACCCUUACUCGCAGCCACUCCCGGGUAUCUUGUCUUACAACAUGACUACGAAGUCUUGGGCAAAUGAGACAAAUGAUGCCUUCUCCAAGUACGGCACCUUGACGGGAGGCUCAGCCGUCUACAUCCCGACUUUCGGUCCGCACGGUCUCAUCACCAUAAUGGGCGGCGCAACGUGGGGUCUCGAACCUGAUCAGGCGAAGCCUCUCGGAUGGCAGGAUUUCAGCAACUUGACCUUUAUGGACCCAGUAACCAGAGAUUGGUACUGGCAAAAGACAACCGGAAACGCGCCCACUCCUCGCAGCAAUUUCUGCAGCGUGGGAGUAGAGGGCAACAAAGGAACCUACGAAAUCUUUGUGUUCGGCGGCACCAACAUUGGCCGCCGUCAAAUGCUGUCAGUCGGAGGAGCGGAUGGUAAGACGGGAUACACAAGUGCCGACCCCUGGCCGCAAGGAUUCGGUCUCUUCGAUAUGACGGACUGGAAGUGGAAGACGGACUAUGACGCAGACGCCAAAGACUACGAAAGCGCGAAGACAGUCAGUGACUGGUAUCAGCAAACGUAA